AUGCAAAAGACAGGGGUAUAUGGUGAUAUUACCAUAUCAACGACAACAAACCCCGUGGGACUUUUAGGAAACAAUGAAGUGGAACUUGUAUGUACAUAUGAUCUAUCUGAUGAUGAUACAGUGUUUACAAUAGUUUGGAAAAGGGAGAUAUCAAAAGAUUCUGGAACAUAUCAACAAUUAGCAUUGUUUUAUCCACCAGGAACAAAUCAGAAUGAAGCAGUAUUAGCCAAUUUAACUAACCCGUCUGUGUUUGGACGAGUAGUGCUAACAAAUCCAACAGGUUCAUCACUAACAGCUAAGAUAAAGUUUACAAGUGUUGUUUGUGAUGAUGAGAGGAAAUACCAAUGUGCUGCUUUUGGACUAAAUAAUAUUGGACAAGUUGAUCCAACCAGUAUAACCAGUCUUACAGUCAAAGCGACACCUAAAGUUACGUCCUUCGGUGAAGUAGAAAUGGUUCCAGCGUCUAACAUUGCUGAGGGACAAACGGUCCAGUUUACCUGUACCAGUAAUGUUGGUCGACCUGCUGGGACAUUUGUAUGGACCAAGUACAAUGGUAUAUCAGACUCCGUUGGUACCACUGUAGACUCGACCACACAGACGUCCGCCAGUACCGACUGUACCUUCACCGGCAGUAGUGUCAUCUCUUUACCGAUGACCAACAGUGACAACGGUGUCAUCGUCAGGUGUACCCUACAACAGGAAACCAUCACCAAUCCUACAGACACUACCUACUAUAAACAAACUGAUCCCAUCAACCUGUACUACAAAGUCAGACAACCUAUCAUUACACCACCUACCAACCCAGCCGUCCAUUUCAAAGGCACCUCACUGACCUUGAACUGUGCUGCCGAGGGUAACCCUCCCCCUACCUAUAUAUGGCGUGUUAAGGGAAGACAAAUCAGUACCGCAGCAUUGUUACAGCUGACUAACAUCAGGAUUGACCAAUCUGGGGAUUAUGUCUGCGAGGCGAAGAACAACUAUACCGGAAAUAUGUACAUUGAGAGCAGAACAGUCAGCAUCACAAUAGGUUGAAUGAUAUAAUACAGAUGUCUCUCUACUAUAUAAUUUUACUACUAUAGAAAUAUCACAUUAUUCAUAUA